GAAAAAAUGAUGCCAUUAUUAUAUGUAGUAACUUCCAUCUUUAUUUCUGUACUACAGUCGGGAGAACAGGUUUCUGGACACAGCUGUCGCUAUGCUUAUGUGUGUGAUGGUGGCUUGACAUCGGACCACACUGAUAUUAUCAAAUUAAAAAAAGAAAUUGAAGCACUGAAAGACAAGUCAAAACCAGUGGCGUUCUAUGCAUACCGAAGUAGUAAUCUUGGCACUGGCUCAAACUUGAGGCACAGAGUCGUGGUUUAUGAUCGUGUGGAUUUAAAUAUAGGGAACGCAUACAACAAAAAUAAUGGAAAAUUUACGGCUCCAUCAGAUGGACUUUAUCUUUUCCACGUCUCAACUGGGGUAUACUUUAAAUCAUAUGCAGUCAUGCAACUAGUGCUCAAUGGCGUGGUUAAAGAUAUUGGAUUUCCCGAUUCAGCUACAACUGGUCAUGCUUUAUUGAGGAGUCAUUCUACUACAGCCACACCUUUGUUGCUAAAGAGAGGAGAUGUUGUCUAUGCCCGAAUCGGAGUACUUAAUGGAGGAAACUACAUAGAAAGUAACCAGUACAUCCGAACUAGCUUCUCUGGAACAAAACUAUAAGAAGUAAAGAGAAAAUAAAUAAAUUAAGAUACUAAUAGU